CAGGCAGAAAGGAAGGAUGAGGCUAGCCUUGGCAUUCAUAUUAGCUAUCCUUUUGAGCCACAGCAUUGAGUGCAGGCCAUUAUACAGUGAUGGGCAAAAGACCUUCAACAAGCUGCUGGUCAUCUCAUUUGAUGGCUUCAGAUGGGAUUAUGACCAGGACGUAGACACGCCAAACAUGGACAAGCUGGUAAAAGAAGGAGUGAAAGCCAAGUACAUCACACCACCAAUGAUUACCAUGACCUCCCCGUCUCAUUUCACCACCAUCACUGGCAGAUGGCCAGAAGACCACGGUGUGGUGCACAAUAUGAUGUUUAACUCCACAACUCUCUUAAAACUGACUCAUAAGGCCACUCAGAAUCGUUCUGAAUGGUGGGACAAUGGGGUCAUGCCACUGUGGAUUACCGCUCAGGAGCAGGGCCUGAAAACAGCCUCAUUUCACUAUCCAGGAGGUGGAGCCAAUUACAGCGGGCAGGCUGUGACCCGUUCUUUGGUCGAGUCCUAUGAUCACCCGGACUCCAAUGAAACAGAGUGGCGCGAGAACAUCGACAUUGUCAUGGGCUGGUUCACCAAGGAGAACUUUGACUUUGUCACGCUGUACUAUGGGGAACCUGACAAGGUUGGACACGCAAAAGGACCAGAACACCCAGACAGAAAGGAAAUAGUCAAACAGAUCGACAGGACUAUUGGAUACCUGCUGGAGGCAAUUGAUCGGUAUGGCCUGACUCAACGCCUAAAUGUCAUCAUCACUUCUGACCAUGGCAUGACCACCAUCAAGAAGAAACCAGAAGUGGAUGAAAUCAGACUCUUAAAAUUUCUCAAGCCCUAUUACGAUUUUGUCUAUUUUGACCUGCUUGACUAUGGCGGUUUUGGCAUGAUCAAACCAAAGGUAGGUAAAGAGCAGCAGGUGUAUGACCUCCUGGUGAACGCCCAUCCCAAUCUGACAGUAUACAAGAAAGAAGAGAUUCCGGAAAGCUUCCACAUUGCCAAAAACAGUAGAAUACAACCCAUCGUUCUCAUUGGUGAUCUGGGCUUCAACUUGAACUCGCAACUCAUACUCUAUGUUAACAAAGGAGACCAUGGCUUCCACAAUGGAGAGAUGGACAUGAAAACCAUCUUCAGGGCUUUUGGCCCCGACUUUAAGAAGAAUUACUUGGCUGAGCCUUUUGACAGUGUCAACAUCUACCCACUGAUGUGCAAGCUACUGGGGGUGACCCCUGCCCCAAACAAUGGUUCUCUGUCGUACACAGUGGGGAUGCUGGAGGACACAGACACUAAUUCUGGUGCAAAUGGAAGCAGACAUCAUGUGUCUUACAACCUUGUGGCAGCGACAAUCUUUUACCUCCUUCUUCAGAUGUAGUCAUUUAUGUGCCGCACAAAUAUAGUGCAGUCUGAACCCAGUAGACUGCAGUGGAAACAUGCAAUGUACACGAUAAUAUGCUGCAAGCUGGCUCCUAAAUGGCAAAUCUUGCUUACAAUUCCUGAACCUUUGUGAUGUAUGCAAAUAUAAUUCCUGAACCCCUGUGACCUGUUUAUUUCAACAUCAAAAGUUCCAACUGUUGUAUCACAGUGAAAAAAAAGACAAAAAAAGUAUUGUAAUUAGAAACUGAAGACAUUUUCACAUAUUUUUUAAGUGUCUCUUCAACAAAAGGCCUUUAAUGUCUUAUUUAUUGUACUGCAUACCAUAAUGCACUAUUUCAUCAAUAAAGUUUUGUUACAA